AUGUUUCCACCAUCCUCACCGCCAUCACACCUGUACAUUCCCCCAGACGUCAUCGAGGAAAUCCUACAAUAUCUCAAAGACGAUGUCUCAUCGCUUCACACUUGCAUUCUACUAAAUAGACUUUGGUGUGUGUUAACCAUUCCUUACUUGUGGUAUAAUCCCUUCAAAACUAUAAAUCACAGAAUAACGGGGAGAAGGAACGAGAUCCCAAGGAAUAGAUUGUUGAAUAGGAAUUGCGGAAUUUCGAUCAUAAGACAAAUUGUUUCCCGUCUUGGGGAUGACGAGAAGAGAGCGUUAGAAGACUUACUGGAUGUGACGUUGGGCGAAGAGAAUUGUGCAAAGUUUGAUUAUCCAAGAUUUAUAAAAGUUCUGGAUUAUGAGAAGAUUCAGUGGUCGAUCAUUCGAUGGAUCGAGCAUGUCGUUGAUCGUGAUGGCAAAGGGGAAAUUGAUGCGGACCGUCGUUUGUCGGCAUUCGAGAAGCGAGAGGAAAUCUUAAAAAUAAUCACCGGUGUUCUGUUCAAUAGGGGUAGCGCAUUUCGUGAUAUAAACAUUACCUACAAUCCCAACUUUUAUUGCAACUCGCAAUACCCUUCCUUGAUCGACCUGCAAUCCCUUGAUAACGUUGAUUCCAAAUUCUACCAAAACGACACUUUAUCCAUGCUUCAGAAAUUCUCCCUUGUUCACUAUUCCAAUUCGAUUUCGCCGUCGUCAAACUUGCUGAAUACCCGGAAAAUCUUAAAUAAUCUAACUACCAUAUCCAAACAUUCUCACAAACUCGAUUACCUCAAUCUACAGAUUCACAAUGAAACCAAAACCGCAAAUCUCUGGGAUUAUGUUCAAGCAUUUUGUGAGGUGAUUAAGGUGCAACAAAAAUUAAGAGUCUUGGAAGUGAACGAUUUCUUCUUGGAUGACGACAGUAGCGAGACUGCCAGCUCCGUGUCAGACGACGAGGACGAUUCCAUGUUGGAUGAGAUUUCCUCAUCAGAAUUGUUGAUAGAAACGUUUAGGACAAGCCAGUUGCCCAAAAGUUUGAGAUAUCUGAAGAUCAAGGAAUUGUCUUUGUCGAAUUUUGAAUUUUUAUUGGAGAUUUUGUCGAUCUGCAAAAAUCUAGAGACGCUGGAACUUUGUGACAUGUUUCCACCACAAUCCAAUCACUCCAAUGUGUCUCCCCUGACUUACGAUUUUUUCUAUCCCACCUCAAACUCGCAACCGCCCACUCCUCAGAUCUCCCUUAAAAAUCUAAUCAUUCUCUCCAACACUCCCUCGAAAUCACGGUUUACCUUGUCGGCCAUAAUGACGCUCUUGCAAUUGACCAAUCACUCUUUGACCUCGUUUACACUCCUCCAAGAUAUCUCGUGCUCGAAUUCGACUGAGAUUUAUCACACGCUCUCGAUACUCUGCCCCAAUUUAACCCAGCUAACAUUAUUACUAUCGCCAUCCACCUCGUUCCAAGAUUCAUUACUUAGUCUACUCUCCACCCUAAAAAAUCUAGUUAAUCUUACCAUAUUAACGCAGCAUCUUCAUUAUAAUUGCACUCAUACUCUUCAUAAUCUUAAUUCAUCAAAUUCAACCCGACUUGCCCAUCGCAAUGAUCCCUUGCCGACUUUUUUGACCACGAGUUGCACGAAUCGUUCUCACAGUGAUGCCUUCCGACCUCACAGCAACAAUUUUACCACCAACUCAUAUCUGUGUCAAUACUUCUCGUCUCCUAUUUACACGAAUAUCCACAACCUCUCCCAAUCUCUACCAAAGUCGUUGAGGCAAUUUACCUUUGAUUUUUUCAUGAACACGAAAAGUUUCAAGCUAUUCUUUGAACAGUGCGGAAGUGAUCGAUUAAGCGUGGUCGGCAUGUUGAACAAGAAUAUGAUUUGUGAUGAGUAUCUGGAGAUACUGAGCGGUUAUUCCGAAGUGAGAGAAUGCAUGUUGGAAUUAAGAUGCCGAAGAGGUGGAAUUCUACUGGACGGAUCGAACAAUAAUUUCCAUCUUUCCCACCGAAAGAGCGGUGGCGUGACGGGCAAAGAUUGGGGUUGUAGAUUUUCAAAAGUUGGCAUAGAGAAA